AUGUGGGAGGUGUUCACAGUCGGCGGUACGCCCUUUGAAGGUAUGUCUUUUGGCGACUACAUAAAUGAGCUCAGGCGGGGCCUCAUUCAUCCCAAGCCGGAGUUUGCCAGCAGCAAGAUCUACGACACGGUGAUGGUGCCGUGUUGGAAGUACAAGCCAGAGGAGCGACCCAGCUUCUCCGACUUACGAGAACGCCUAGACGGCCUGCUCCUUGAAGCGUCUGUCGACAGUGGAGACUCUAUCACCCCGCUAGAGGACGUCACGUCAUUCCGCCCCUGA